CACCUCUCAGCCAAUCACAAUCCAGAGUCCAGAUAURGACGUUUUUCUGACGGGUCAUAUCUCCGAGCUGAGCUUUAAACGCCCCCAAUGUAUCUGUGGAAAUAACCCUGCCAGGUUCUCCUACAUAAAGAGUUCAUGUCAGAGUUCCACAGGGAACUUUUUAAAGAUGUUCUCCUCCAUGCUGCUCCUCCUUGUUCUGUCCUCCAUUUCGGGUUUGCUCGGUUCYGGUUCGGCUUCUUCCGCCGCCGUGGAGGAGGCUUACGAAGCCGUGGUGAGCGUCGUGUCUCCGGGACAGCCGCAUCUGACCCAGGAGUCCCUUCGCUCCCUCUUUAAUACACUGCAGAAGCGUGUGCAGUGCGGCGACGUGCCGUGUGAAAAGUGUGACCUGGCAGGUGCCCUUCACCAGCUCAUCGGGAGGGACGAAGAUGAAGACAUCAGAGGAAACGGGGCCGUCGGCGUCUCUCAGUUCCCUGCUCUGGCUGCCGGCAGCGUCCUGUAUCUUUCCUCUCCUCUCCAGACGUGCAUUGCCAUACAAUAUGGGAUGUGGGCCGAGGAGACCGAUCUGUUCUUACACGAGUUCACACACCAUGACCAUCUCAAACACACACAUGGCUACAUGGACGCUCAUGGAUUAGAAGGUGUGCUUCAASAGCUGAACGGACAUUAUGAGCCAUCAGACAACAAGAGCUGUGUGACAGCCAGCAGCAUCAUGAUGACGAUCCACCCAUCGUCAGCAGACCAGAAGCAGGAAGUGGGCGCGGUUCUGGGCUGGGUCCUGUACCACGCCUUGCUGGGGAACUGCUUCAGUGGUCAGUCCCUGCCCGAGGAGAGCUUCUUCCUGGACUACAUCAUGCACCAAAUGGGUUCAGAAAAUUUCACCGUUCAGGAUUUGGAGGUUUUCAUGAAAAGCUUGAACCUUGGACCACUGGAAGACCAUGAGCAUGAGCAUGGACAUGAGCAUGAGAAUCACAAACAUGCUGAUCACUUUCGGAGGAAGAGGAGCAGUUAUGAACGCCAUGAAAAUAACACCUGGGAACAUCGCUGUUUCUCAGCUGAAGAACUCGUUCAGAUCUUCGGUUUGGCCGACCAAAGCUCCGCCUCCUCUGUGAUGGACCGGUCCGCAAUGGGCCGCCUCAGUCCUGCCUUCAUCCAGCAGAUCCUGAGCAAAGCCUGCACAGACGUCACAGAAUCAGUGACGCCAGAUGAGCUCUCCAAGACUGACAGAUACCUCUACGCGACCAUCGCCAACGUGAUCAUAACACUGAUGUCCAUGUUUGGUAUUGUGAUACUGCUGUGUACCUCGUGCACCAGUGUCUUCCAGUUGUGCAUCCAGUUUUGCAUAAGCAUGGCUGUAGGUUCGCUGACUGGAGAUGUCCUGCUGCACUUGAUACCCAUGUUUCUGGGUUUACAUGAACACAAAGAUGACACUAGUCACCAACAUUCAAGAGAAGAAACUCCAGACUACACAUACAAGAUGCUGGCUGURAUUGGUGGCAUCUACAUCUUCUACCUGAUGGAAACCAUCUUCUCUAUGGUCACACAAGGAAAUGAUCAUCAUCAUCAUCAUCAUGGGGAYGAAUCCAAGCCUCAUCACUGUGACCACAUGGGUGUUAUAGAGAUGUAUCAGCAAGAGAAGAAACACAGAGACAAGUCGCUGUCGGCAUCAAAAGCAGACCUGGUUGAUGAAGAACUCAAAGAGCAGUCAGAGCUCACAAGCCGCACAAGACAGCAGCGUCUGCUUCCGUACAUGAUAACUAUUGGGGACGGGAUCCACAACUUGGCGGAUGGAUUAGCGAUGGGUGCAGCGUUCUCCAUGUCGUGGAAGUCUGGUCUGGCCACAUCAUUGGCUGUUCUCUGCCACGAACUACCGCACGAGCUCGGGGAUUUUGCCAUUCUGCUCCAUAGCGGCUUGUCUGUUCGCAGGGCGUUGCUUUUAAAUGUGGGCAGUGCCUUGACCUCAUUUAUUGGACUCUAUAUUGCUCUGUCUGUAGCUACAGAUCUUGCAACCCAACAGUGGAUUGCAGCUGUAGCUACAGGACUCUUUUUAUAUGUGGGGAUGGCUGAUAUGCUCCCUACAUUGAUCCAUGGCAGCAGCAAGAAUAAGUGGCUGAACUUUGUCCUGCAGAAUGCUGGCAUUCUGACCGGGUGGAUUAUUCUUCUGUUGCUGUCACUUUUCGAAGACAAAAUCAGCUUUGAAUAGUUUUAUAUUUAGGACAUCAGCUGUCCUGGCAGUUUAUUUUGCUUGUGGGAGUGAAGUGGAAAACUGUAAAGUAUUUAGUUAAGAAUCACACCAAUGUUACUGGAAGUUUUUAGAUAUUUACUCAUCAUGGUGACAAUGGGAGUACAAGAACUGAAGGAAAAGUUGAUCUAAACCAAAUACAACUAGAUGCUCCAAUGCUCAUCUUUUUUUAUAAAAAAUAAAUAAAUCGACACUGACACAUAAAAACAAAGAACUGUCUGAAUGUAGUUUGAGUUUCUACACAAAAACAUCUAGCUUGAGCAUCUUCCAUUACUAAUUUUCUCUUAAGUGACUGGAUUAUCUGUGACAAAGUUUUGACAAAAGUGUCCUGUUGGUAGCAAAAAACAGUUGAAAUUGCUGAGGUUGAACUUUAUCAAAUCAGACUAUUUAUUUUAACUUUAAUGUACUCCAAAUUGGUGCUGAAUUGAGUGGUUUAUACAGCGGGUA